UGACCUAUUAUUAGAAGAGAUUUCGUAGAUUCUCAGUUUUAUUAUCUUCAUCCCUUGCUAUUUUUUCCUCAGGAUUUCAAUGGACGAUUUUCCUCGUAAAACAGCAAUAGUAUUAUUAGUGAGUCAAUCUGUAUUGAGAAUUUUGGUGAUUGCAUUAACACUGACUGCAAUCUGUUUGACAUUCACAGCAAAGCAAACUGUAGAGUUUUUGGGUAUUGAGUUCUCUGCGAAGUAUAGCUACUCUCCUGCCUUCAGGUACUUUGUGAGCUCAAGCAUUGUUGUAGUUGUUCUUUCCAUUAUAUCUUUGAUGUUCCUAUUCAUCUAUGCGAAGUAUACCACACCAUACCGAUGUUACAACAUCUUUGUUUGCGAUUUCAUAGCAUCUGUGUUGGGAGUAUCAGGAUGUGCUGCUGCAGCAUCGAUAGGCUAUGUGGGUAGAUAUGGAAACGAACAUUCUGGUUGGAGUCCCAUUUGCGACUACGUGGACAAGUUCUGUAAAAGAAUUCAGAUUUCUUUGAUCUGUUCUGGUUUGGGUCUCAUUCUCUCACUUUUUGGUCCGCCAUUAGAAUAACUAAACUAGUAACAAUUUCGAGAUAAAAUGAGUUCUUUAUCGUAGGGAGACCUCAAAUGCAUAAUAUAUCUCCUUCUGUCAAGUUUACUCUUCAACGCAAAUUGUAAGAUUUAAACUAAAUCAUUGUUCAAGCCUUCCAGGUGUUGAUGAAAAAA